AUGGUACACAAAUGUGAAACAGGCUGUUAUCCAUCCUUGAAGCUCCUUGCCCAGCAACGGCCAGACAUACCCAUAUACGUGGGAGACACUUCACGGCCAGUGUUCUGGUAUCUGGGUAGAAGCGGAGUGAACCUAACUAACAUUUCUGUGGUCCCCUUCGGAGUCUGGUACAAUGUUGACAAAAACCUGAGGUUUAUGAUUUUGAUGGAUGGAGUUCACCCAGAGAUAGACACCUGCUUAAUAGUUGAUUAUAAAGGACACCUAAUCCUGAACACAGUGGACUGCACACGUCCAAAUAAUGGCUGCCUUCCACAUGGUGUGGAUGUGAUGAUGAGCGACUUUGCUGGAGGAGCGUCAGGAUUUCCCAUGACCUUUCACAAAGGAAAAUACACUGAGAGCUGGAAGCGCGACUUUAUCAGCAGAGAGAGGAAGAAACUUCUCCACUAUAAGGCCAACCUGGUGGCGACACUGCAGCCUAAAGUCUACUGCCCAUUUGCGAGCUACUUUACCGAGGCUCACCCAUCCGACAAGUACAUAAAAAACAUUAAUACUAAGAACAACCCAGCAGACCUGAAUGCGAAGAUCAAGAAACUUUGUCCCCAUAUCACCACAUGGACACCUUUGCCUGGAUCUGUGCUUGACCUGGCCCUUGCUCUAACAAACCAAGACGACAGAGACUGCAUUACCCAGCCACCGAGUGGCACAAAGAUCUUUAAGGACAGCUGGGACUUUGACUUGUAUGUGGAUGAACUAAACGCUGCCAUCUCAUCCAAAAUCUUUGAACACAAAAGCUGGAUCCAGUUUUAUUACAACUGGGCAGGAUUCAAGAACUACAACCUGGUCAUUCGGGUCACUGAGACAGAUGACGAUUUCCAGCCGUGGGAUGAUGGCUAUGACUACCUGGUCGACUUUCUGCACCUUUCCUUCCCAUCUGUAAGGCCACAGAGAGAGCACUUCUAUGUGGAGAUUCAAAACAGAAUUGGGGUGAUGAGGCACGUGGUUGUGAAUGGCUUGCUGUGGGACGACCUGUAUAUCGGCUUUAAUAACAGGAUCAGCCGUGAGCCAGACAUCUACCAUCACAAGUUCUGGAAACAUUUCCAGUCUGAGUUGCCCCUGUCAGCACCUGACUGGGACUCCUUCCUGAAAAGUUGGGAAAAACCCAACCCUACCUCUACCUCUACCCCUACCCCUACCCCAACCCUACCCCAACCCUUGUACGAUAUAUCACUAAUUGUUUGA